AUGGGAAUGUUCACGGUGUGCGCAUGCACGCGCGCAUUAAAGAAGGUGUAUGGAGGCGAAGCAGCUGCUGAGGAUUGAAAAAGGCUGUCAGCACAUUCCCCUUUCACUAAGUGGAAGCAGCUGGACUGAAUUGAGUACCAGUGAUCCACCAAACUUCUGGAUCCAGCACACUACAAGGCAGAGAGCAUCAAAGUAAAACAAUGGAAGAGCAGUCUGCCAGUGAACUAUCCAGAUCAAGCUUCGUCCUAGCUGACUACGCAGUCUUUGCUGGCAUGUUGUUGGUCUCUAUGGCCAUCGGACUCUUCCAGGCCUUAAAGAAGAGCCCAAGGGAGGACUGUGCUGAUGACUUCUUCACCGGGGGUCGGAGCAUGCCAGCAGUGCCUGUUGGGCUGUCGCUCUGUGCCAGUUUUAUGUCAGCAGUUCAGGUUCUGGGUGUUCCUUCUGAGUCUUCUCGCUAUGGCUUUAAAUUCCUCUACAUGUGCGUCGGACAAAGCAUCAACUCCUUUCUGACAGCUUACCUCUUCCUGCCAGUUUUCUUUCGACUUGGCAUCACCAGCACCAAUCAGUAUCUGAAGAUGAGAUUUGGCAGAGGGAUGCAGCUGUUGGGGAGCGUCCAGUUUCUCGUGGCGACGCUGCUUUAUACAGGGAUUGUCAUUUAUGCACCUGCCUUGAUCCUCAACCAAGCUACUGGACUCAACAUGUGGGUGUCUCUGUUCUCUACUGGGAUCAUUUGCACCCUGUACACCACACUGGGUGGCAUGAAAGCUGUGAUCUGGACUGAUGUGUUCCAGAUUUUCAUCAUGUUGUUGGGCUUUGUGGUCAUUUUCAUCCACGGCACAAUUCUGGUUGGUGGUCCUGCACUGGUACUGGAGAUCGCCAAUAAUGGAUCACGCCUUAAUUUUAAUGAUUUUGACGUUGACCCUCGGCAGCGCUAUACUUUCUGGAGCCUGUCUGUCGGGGGUGCAUUGGUUUGGCUGUCCAUGUACGGGGUAAACCAAGCUCAAGUCCAGCGCUACAUCUCCUGCAGAACGGAAAGAGAGGCCCAGUUGGCACUGUUUGUGAACCAAGUGGGUCUGUGCCUCAUUGUGAGCAGUGCAGCAACCUGCGGCAUCGUCAUGUUUGCUUAUUACAUCAACUGUGAUCCGCUGAAGUCUGGGAGGAUCUCUACCCCUGAUCUGUAUAUGCCGUACUUCGUGUUGGACAUAUUCAAAAAUCACCCUGGCAUUCCAGGUCUUUUCCUUGCCUGUGCAUACAGCGGGACCCUCAGCACGGCCUCCACAAGUAUCAAUGCGAUGGCUGCAGUAACGAUGGAGGAUCUGCUGCGACCUCAUCUGAUCAACAUGACCCAGAAGAAAUUGAUCCUUGUUUCCAAAGGACUAUCGUUCCUGUACGGAGUUAGUUGUAUCACCUUGGCUGCUCUCUCCUCCCUGCUGGACUGGGGAGUUCUUCAGGGAUCGUUCACCAUCAUGGGUGUGGUCAGCGGUCCAUUACUGGGCGUAUUCAUUUUGGGGAUGUUUGUCCCAGCAACAAACAAGAUGGGGGCGUUCUCAGGAAUAUUAGUGGGCUUCUGUGUCUCUCUGUGGCUGGCUGUUGGUUCAACUCUUUACCCGCCUAGUGAGGAGACCAUGGGUGUGCUGCCCAGCUACGCAGGCAAGUGUGGACCUAGCAACAUCACGCUGAACAGCAGCCCUAACCAGGACCAACACUCCAUCUCCACCCCGCUUCACCACGAUGACCAGGGGGGCCUGCUUAACUUCUACUCCAUGUCCUACCUCUACUUCGGUGCCAUGGCGACUAGUUCGGUCGUGCUGGUUGGGCUGAUAGUGAGCUAUGCAACAGGACCAACAAAGAGGACUCAUAUUAGAGAGGGUUUGUUAUGGUGGGAUCUGAACAAAAAGCAAGUAGAUGUCCCAUCAGAGCGCAGAACUGGAACAAUGUCCAGGAUGUUUCCCUGCCUUCCGCACAAUGCAUGCUGGGAGACACCUGUGACCCUGAAUAGCAACGACCAGGGAGACAAGGCGACAGAUGUGGCAUCACAGCUUGUGCCUUUGAGGGACCUGCAUAAAGAGGACGCAAAUGAAAAAGAAGAGCCAACAGAUGUUGGGAAUAUUAAAUCACCACUCAGAGUUGAGGUGUUGGACAACUGAAGGUUUUUAUCCCAAAUAGCACUAAUGACAGUGGCAUUUCUUCUUUAUCAGCAGUAAGCAUUUUUAGCACUAGACUUUCUUUAUCCUGUUCAAUUCAACUCUUAAUUCCUAAAGUUUACUAGCUACGUUUAAGUAAAACAGAAGACUAUUUUAAAAAAUCUAUUUCUUAAAAUGUGAUUGAAUAAUGAAGGCCUUUAUUAUUGUGCCAAGGAUUGUAUUGACUCUAAUCAAAUACCCUCAGGUGUUAUUUGAAUUCCUUUAAUGUUGACGGGCUCUUUCAUCAGGACAUUCAUUCUGGUAUGUCCCAUAUCUGUAACAAUGCACACCUGCACUUCAGCCAGUGUUAAUGGUUAUGUGACAGGCAGUCUGGGCUGUGUGUGUGUGUUAACAGUAAUUAAACUCUUGUUUCCUUGUUC